CUCUCUUCUACUUUCAUUCAGCAUUGUUGCCAGCCACAGAGGAGCACCCUGACAGACAAACUAUAUACAACUUCACACAAGUCUGAGUGUUAGCUUGAUACCACAGGAACUGAUGUACUCCAUUGUACAGGCUAAAGUGGAAAUGAUGUUCAUUUGGUGUCUUCUGGGUCUGUUGACCUUGGUCCCAGUGACUAUAGGUACUACCAAUCCUGGAGUUAAAGUCAAACUAACUCAGAAAGGACUUGAGUAUGGUCGACAGAUCGGAAUCGCCUCGAUCCAGCAGAAGCUCAGUAGCAUCAAACUGCCAGAUGUAAGUGGCAGCGAGAGUGUGGAUCCAAUUGGAAAAGUCGAGUACAGUUUAACAGGGAUUCAGAUUGUUAACCUGGGCCUUCCAUCAUCAGCAUUGGGAUUAGUUCCUGGAUCUGGAGUCAGUCUCACAAUUGACAAUGCCUACAUCAACCUGCAUGGCAACUGGAGAGUCAAAUACCUCAGGAUUAUAAAGGACAGUGGAUCGUUUGAUCUUGCUGUGAGUGGAUUGACCAUUAGCACCACUUUAGCAGUCACGAGUGAUGAAACCGGCCGUCCAUCAGUCAGCAUGACCAGCUGCACAUCAACUCUGGGGAGUGUCAACGUCAAAUUUCAUGGAGGGGCCAGUUGGUUAUAUAACCUCUUCAGUUCCUACAUUGAUAAGGCUCUACAAAGUGCUCUGCAGCAGCAGAUAUGUCCUCUGGUGUCCGAUUCCAUUGCUGAUAUAAACCCCCACCUGAAAACAUUAAAUGUUGUAGCCGAAGUAGAUAAGUAUGCAGAGAUUGAGUACUCUAUGGUGGGAUCUCCUGUCAUCUCUAAUUCUUCUAUUGACUUUGGUUUAAAGGGUGAAUUUUACAAUAUGGGGCAACACAAAGAGCCCCCCUUCUCCCCCACACCUUUCUCACUGCCUUUCCAGAGCAAUAAUAUGCUCUAUAUUGGAGUAUCUGCCUUCACCAUCAACUCAGCAGGCUUUGUGUAUCACAGCGCGGGUGCCUUAAGCCUCAAUAUCACUGAUGACAUGAUUCCUUCUAGUUCUCCAAUUCGUCUUAACACCAAAUCAUUCAGCGCUUUCAUUCCUCAAAUUGAGAAAAUGUAUCCUGGUUUGAUGAUGAAACUGUUGUUUAAGACAGUGAAUGAGCCCCUCAUUACAAGUAAACCCAACAACGUUACUGUUCAGGCCACCAGUAUAGUGAUGGCCUAUGCUAUCCAGCCCAAUGGCACGCUGUGCCCACUCUUUGACAUCGAUCUGGAGGGCAGCAUCAGUGCUAGCAUGUUUGUGACUGAGCUCAAGCUAGCUGGAAAUCUGACACUUAACAAAAUUGAUAUGAGCUUAGCAAAAAGCUAUGUGGGACCAUUCAAGGUCACAUCUCUUGAGAAUAUCUUCACAAUGAUUUUGAAAUUGGCUGUGAUGCCCAGGGUUAAUGCUCGUUUAGAAGAAGGUUACCCACUUCCUGCUAUUGGAAAGAUUAGGCUUGCAGAAACUCAGCUUCAGGUUUUGAAGGACUAUUUGUUAAUUGGAACAGAUGUUCAAUUCACAGAAUAAACCUCAGCUGAAAUGAUUUAGAAUUGUAUUAAUUAACAUUGUUGAUAAAUAUAACAAUAAAUGUAAAAGUUUCUGCA